GUGGGCCGGCGGCGUGAUGGAGCAGCAGCAGCAGCAGCAGCAACAGCAACUGAGAAAUUUGCGGGACUUCCUGUUGGUCUACAAUCGGAUGACAGAACUCUGCUUCCAGCGCUGCGUGCCCAGCCUGCACCACCGAGCUCUGGACGCUGAGGAGGAGGCCUGUUUGCACAGCUGUGCUGGGAAGCUGAUCCAUUCCAACCACCGCCUCAUGGCCACUUAUGUGCAGCUCAUGCCUGCCCUGGUACAGCGCCGCAUCGCAGACUAUGAGGCUGCCUCAGCUGUGCCAGGUGUUGCUGCUGAACAGCCUGGAGCCUCGCCAUCAGGCAGCUAGCUAUUUCCCACCCCCAGAAGGGGAGGGACUGGACCGACCUUCCCAUUGAAGGAGCCAGUGGACCUUGGGCUGGGUAAAGCAUGUACAGAGAAAGUGAGGGGUUGCCUGAGAGACGGCUAUCUUUGCUCUUUUUCCUGGAGCUAAUAAACCUGCUUUUCUACUGUGUUUCGUUUUUUGGCGGGGGCAGUGGUAAGGAACCCACUUUAUUGGCACCAUCCUUUGUUCUGUGAGUCAGUGCAUAUAUUACCUUCAGCUCUGGCUGCUGAGAAGUUGCCUUUUAUGUGCAGAAGGGAAACCUCAGUAUCCCAGGCUCCUGGUUCAAGCAGGGUAUGUGGGUACAGUUUUAAGGUUGGUUCUUGCCCAGAUGACAGAAAAUAUGAGCCCUGUCUAGCUGUCCUUGAGACUUAAAUGGCUCACUUGUGAGCCAAGUAUGUAUUAGUUCAUAACUAUUUUUUCAUGGACUAUAUUUUAUAAGAAAGGAUUCUACCAGGUCUAGGGAAGGCAGGAGAUAUCUAAGGACAACAAUUCGAAAAACAACAGGGUUUCUAGGCACUACCUCCUAUGAAAUUAGUAGCCACAGAACAGAGAUGAAACUUGUAAGAAUUCUGGAGUGUUCUGGAACCUCUACCAUUUCUUACUAUUUCCUGUCUUCUCAGGAUGAGCAAUAAAAGCUUUAAACAAUAAAGGUCUAUGUGCUUGCUUUCAGGGCAGCCAGGAAGGGGAAAACUUGGGGGACCAUAUUUUGUAAUAUAGCCAGACAUGAGGGGGACAAACUCAAGGGAGAAGUAGAAGGCAAUUUCUCAGCAGCCAGGGCUGAAGCCAACAGAUAUGCACUAACUGACAGAACAAAUAAUGGUGCCAAAAAGGGAUAAAGGAUAAAAAAAGAUAAAGCCAAAUCUUUGGGACGUCUUUACUGUUACCUCAAUAUUUCACCCCUUGUCUAUAAACUCUCAACUCCAGCUCUUUCACUCUCCUACCCCACAUUGUUCUCCCUGUACCUAUUCUGUCAUUUCUAAUGCUAGUGUCUCCAUUCUUGCCUCAUUUAUUGCCCUCCUUGUGUAGUUCAUUUCUGUAUUAUCUAUCUGAAUGGCAUAUCCCUCCAUCACCCCAUUUUCUUGCUGUCCUUGGCCCCUAUGUAUCAAUCCAGUGUUUAUCUUUUCUAUUUCUCCAUUCAAGCUGCUACAGAAAAACACAAUUGUUUAAUGGAAGCCACUAAAAAUUCUUUGUCUCCAACCUCAAGUCAAGCUCUCACAACCAAUAAGCAAUCCUUUAUAUGUUUCCUGGUGGUGCAGUGGUUAAGAGCUACGGCUGCUAACCAAAACGUCGGCAGUUCGAAUCCACCAGCUACUCCUUGGAAAACCUA